AUUUUUAUAUUGAUAUGUUAAUUGCAUGCGUGUAUUCCGUAUUUUUAUAAUAUAUUAAGUAAGACAUGCUAUUGAUUUUUACAACCUUCACCCUUUGUUUGUAUUGCAUUUUGGUUGUCAAAAAAUGCUAAGCUCUUUAAGAACACGAAAUAACAGCGAAUAUGACACAAAAUACGUGUUGGAUCGGAUUUUAGCCACAGAGCGUAACUUUGCCGAACUGUGUCACACGUUUGGACAGUAUUCACGCAAAAUUGCUCGAGUUCGUGACAAAGGUGAUACUAUUUCGGAAACAUUAUUGUCUAUAGCCGAAAAUGAAGAUAUUAGCAAGUCGUUAUCUGAAGGCUUGACAAAUUUGUCAAUGACUUUUACUAACAUCAGUGGCUAUGGCAAUGCACGUGCCCAAAAUAUUGACUUAAAAGUCAUCCAGGAAUUUUCUAAGUACGAGAAUAUCUGCAAGAACGCAAAGGAGGAUGUCAAGCAGAUCUUCAGCGCGCAAGAGAGGGAGAUGGCAAAGCGGAAACAGUGCAAAAGAGUUCGAGAGAAGAAAUCAAACCGUCAGACAAUUCACCAAGCCGAAAGUGAAUUAAUCAGAGCACAAAAGGAGGUAAUGAAAACUGUGGACAGCGUAGAGGAUAAAAUUAUCACCCUCGAAAAACAAAAGCUGCACGACCUCAAAGGGAUCCUACUAGAUUUGAUCCUCACAGAAAUUGGCUAUCACUCCAAAGCCCUGCAACAACUCACAAAGGCUUACAACGACGUGAAUGACAUUGAUGAAAAUUCCGAUUUGCAAGCUUUUGAAGAGCUCGUCGAAAUCAAAGGAGCUGAAUUUAAAAAGGCGCUAUCGCCAUUUAAAUCUUCACAGUCCUUAAGCACAACUGUGCCCAAGAAGAAUCCGGGAAUUCCUACCGACUUGCGAAUUUCUCGAAGUGAGGAAACCUUGGAGAUCUCGUCGGACAGCGAAGAUUCUACACUAACGGAGAAAUCGUCGCCGAAAAUGAUAAAAAAAUACACCAAGAAGUGGCAAUAGUUUAAUUGUAAUUGCGA